CACGCCACGCUACGAGCUUCUCUCGUCUCUACCUCUGACCGGCCGGUGGUGGCCAGUUUAUAAUGCGCGCGCGCACCAUUGGGACACAUUAACCCAGGAGCUCAGUUUAUAACGACGACGAUGAUGAUGAUGGCGGACCCAGCUUCCGCUCGCCCGCCGUCGGCGCAGGACGCGGCCGAGGCCGCCGUGCGCGCGGUCGGGUGCGGCUACGACCUCACCGACGACCUGCGCCUCUUCCGCGCCAAGCUGUCCCCGGGACGCCUCCUCAACCUAUCCCCCUCCGGCGCCUCAUCCAGCACGCGAGACCUCUCCCUCCCGGGCGGCGCCGUGGUGCGGGACGCGCCCGCGGGCGUCGUCGCCGACAAGGGCGAGCGCGCGCGGUUCCGGUCCGACGCGCUGCCCUUCGCGCAGAUGGCGGAGCAGCUGAACCAGUCGCUGCUCUCCCUGCCGCCGGGCACCAAGAUCCCGUCCGGCCCCUUCAACGCCAUGUUCGACUACCGCGGCUGCUGGCAGCGCGACGCCGCCGCCACGCGGACGCUCUGCUUCGACACCCGCCUCGUCGAGCUCUACGCCGUCGAGGCGCCCCGCGCCGCCCUCCGCGAGGAGGUCGCGCGCGACGUCCCGCAGCUCUGGGACCCCGCCGCGCUCGCCGCCUUCAUCGACCGGUACGGCACGCACGUCGUCGUCGGGGUCAGGAUGGGCGGCAAGGACGUCGUCUGCGUCAAGCAGCUCCGCGGCUCCGCCCUCGCGCCGCGCGACGUGCAGGCCAGGCUCAAGAAGCUCGCCGACGACGUGUUCACCCAGGAUCGCCGCCGGGAGAGCUCUUCCGGUGCCAAGACGAAGAGCGGCGGGUCGUCACGACGCGCGGUUCCCGGCCCUGGCUCCGCUGCCUGGCGCGCGUUCAGGUCGCCCGUGGUCUUCAACAAGGACGACGUCGUCGGCAUCCACGUCAGGCGAGGCGGCGUCGACGACGGGCAGAGCCACGACGAGUGGCUCACCACGGUCGCCGCCUCCCCCGACGUCGUCUCGAUGGCCUUCGUGCCCAUCACCUCCCUCCUCUCCGGCGUCGCCGGCCGCGGCUUCCUCAACCACGCCGUCAAUCUCUACCUCAGAUACAAGCCGCCGAUCGAGGAGCUGGAGCAGUUCCUGGAGUUCCAGGUGCCGCGGCAGUGGGCGCCGGAGUUCGGCGAGCUGCCUCUGACGCUCGGCCCGCAGAGGAAGAAGAGGAGGAACAGCCUGCCGUCGCUCCAGUUCACGCUCAUGGGGCCCAAGCUCCGCGUCAACACCACCAAGGUCGGCUCCGGUGGCCGGCCGGUGACCGGCAUCCGGCUGUUCCUGGAGGGCAAGAAGAACAGCCAGCUGGGCGUGCACCUGCAGCACCUGUCGGCCUCGCCGAGCGCGAUCACCGUCGUCACGGGCGACGCGGUCUCCGCCGGCGCCGGCGUCGCAGAGGUGAACGAGCGCGCGUACUACGAGCCGGUCAGGUCGCCGCUGCUGACGCACGCGUGCACGGCGCCGGUGCAGCACAACGGGGCGCGCAUCGACGACUGCGCGGCCGUGGUCACCGCGGCCUGGCUGGAGGUGCGCGAGGCGUGCCUCAAGAAGGUGCUCUUCCUGCGGCUCGGCUUCUCGGGCGUGGCGCGCACCAAGAUACGGCGGUCGGAAUGGGACGGGCCGCUCGCCGUCGCCCGGAAGUCGGGCUCGGUGUCGGCGAUGCUCAGCGCGGCGCUGUCUGGUUCCAUCGCCGCGGCGGCGAAGACAGAAUCGCCGGAGGGGAAGGUGGAAGUGAACUCGGCCGUGUUCCCCAAGGGACCGCCGGUGCCACUGCCAGUGCAGAGGAUGGCGAAAUACAUUGACACCACGGAGGUGACACGGGGCCCCGACGACCUGCCGGGGUACUGGGUGGUCACCGGCGCCAAGCUCUGCGUGGAAGGCGGCAAGAUCGCACUCAAGGCCAAGUACUCGCUGCUCGUCUCGGUGCCAGAGGACGACGAUGCGUGAGGCUCUCUGCCGCUUAGUUGUGGAUAUGUUGUACAGGCAACAAUGCUCUUGUAAAUCAGGACCAGUUUGUGAGUCUCAGAAAGGAACAGAUGAGCUACAGAUAGAGCGGUAGAAAAUAUACAUUUUGAACAGGACAAUAGGGAGCAAUGGUGUUUCUCUUUGUCUGGCAUUCCAUUGCAAAAUACAGGAUUCCUUUUAGAUUUUA